AUCGUGUGCACUGUGAAUUUAUCUCAUCCCAUCUCAUCUCAUCUCCCCCUUUGUCCACUUCCCUCCACCACUUCGCCGAGUGUUUGGGUUCGGGCAUCCUUCAGAUCUGUGCAUCACUGCCGAAGCGAGCCAACGAACCCCCAAAAAGGGACGGGGCAGCAUCUGACUUGACCUGACUGGUUCACGGGAAUGGAUUUGACUCGUUAGGAGACGAAGGAGUAAAUUUACAGUACCUGGCGAGCCUGGUAAGGUAAGGAGAGGAAAGGAUUCAUCCUGGACAGUGGACACAGAGGACCUGCCUGGCCUGAACUGCACUGCACUGCACUGCACUGCACUGAACCGAACUGCAGCAUUACAGCUGCCCCGAUUCUUUUUCCACUUCACAUCUCCGAUAACCAGGCACGGCGCAUCCCAUCAACAAAAUACCACCUUAAUACUUAUACCUCCCUACUGCCGAGCAGCCAGCCAUCCGUAGCAGCAUUACGUCCUGAAGGUCGAUCGCGCACUCUCUCCUUUUCACUGUACUGGUACUUGUUCGUUUGGUCGACUGCUGUUCUCUGCUGCUGCUGCUGCUUCUUCAACCUCGCUUUCUUGGUUUUUGCCCGUGCGACAAUCAGCAACUGCGACCGCCUUGCAUCAAUCCGCGGCUCCUCCUCAAAAUUCCCCAGCCCAAACCCAGCCAUUUAUUUCCCAAUACCACGCACGACUCACCCACGAGCCCCAUACCUCCUAUAAUCCAGUGGCCGGGCUCAAAUAUUUCCUCCCGAUCCACGACGCCGACAGGAGAAACGUCGCUGCGAGCGAAUCGAUCCCAUCCAUCCCUCGAUCGGACGACGCUGCACCUCCAACUCCAACUGCACCGCAUCGCACUUCCAACAAUCGAGCUGCAUCACCGGUUCCCUCUUGACAGAGGGCCUAGUCCUGGACGCCUUGGAUUAACACAGAAAACACACACAUCCCCUCUUGAGGCGCCACGAUGGCAUUCUCGCUCUUCAAGAGUAGGAAGAACGCGGACAAGGCCCAAUCAGCAAAAGAUGGAAAUGCCGCCGUCGCAGGCUCCCAGGUCUCCGUAAACUCCUCGAACAACGGAGCUGGAGCUGGAGCCCGAGGGAAUAACAAUGAGAAGGGCGCCGUGCAGGCUUCGACCCCCGGGUCGAGCGUCAAUAAUUCCAUGAACUCAUUGCAAGGAGGUGCGACGCCGAGCCCAGAGCAAGCUGCGAAUGGUCGCAGAGGAGGACCUAGCAUGGAACAGCCAGCUUCAGACCUUCCUUUACGGAAUGGUUCUGCGCCCGCGGUACAAUCUUCGAUGAAUUCAAAUCCUAAUGCCUCUCUAUACCCCUGGUCGCAGCGGCGGCUCACAUACACAACUUCACAUCCAAGUCCAUUCCCCAGAUAUGGCGCGGCGGUCAAUUCGGUGGCUUCGAAAGAGGGCGAUAUCUACCUCAUGGGCGGUCUCAUCAACAGCUCGACGGUCAAGGGGGAUCUAUGGAUGGUUGAGGCAGGGGGAAAUAUGGCUUGUUACCCCUUGGCUACGACUGCUGAAGGCCCAGGACCAAGAGUUGGGCAUGCCAGUUUGCUGGUUGGGAAUGCGUUUAUUGUUUACGGAGGAGAUACCAAGAUGGACGAUUCCGAUGUGCUGGACGAGACUUUGUACCUCCUUAAUACCUCAACACGGCAAUGGUCAAGAGCAGUACCAGCUGGACCUCGACCCUCUGGAAGAUAUGGGCAUUCCCUGAACAUUUUAGGGUCAAAGAUUUAUGUUUUUGGUGGUCAGGUGGAGGGAUACUUCAUGAAUGACCUGGUUGCUUUUGAUUUGAACCAAUUACAGGUACCUACGAACAGAUGGGAAAUGCUCAUUCGGAAUAGCGAAGAGGGUGGACCACCCCCUGGACAAAUACCUCCGGCCAGAACGAAUCAUUCGAUUGUCACAUACAACGAGAAGUUAUAUUUAUUUGGAGGAACAAAUGGCUUCCAAUGGUUUAAUGAUGUAUGGUGCUAUGAUCCAAUACCAAACACUUGGGUGGCACUAGACUGUAUCGGUUACAUACCCGCCCCUCGAGAAGGUCACGCAGCUGCGAUUGUCGACGAUGUAAUGUAUAUCUUUGGAGGACGAACGGAAGAGGGAGCAGAUCUUGGCGAUUUGGCAGCCUUUAGGAUAUCCUCGAGGAGAUGGUACACAUUUCAAAAUAUGGGACCGUCUCCCUCUCCCAGGUCCGGACACAGCAUGACAGCGUACAACAAGCAGGUUGUAGUUUUAGCCGGUGAACCGAGUACCGCGACGAGAGAAGCUGGGGAUUUGGGCAUUGUUUACCUUCUGGAUACGAGCAAGAUUCGCUACCCGAAUGACCAAGCUGCUCAGCCAGCUCCGGUAGCAGACCGAAUUUCUGGACAACGGAGACCGAGUGCAACGGAUAAGACUGGAAUGGGUGCAAGUAGAGGCUUAAGUUCUCGGGAUGGCUCUACUAUCCCGGAGUCGAAGAGAUUGAAUGGAGCCUCUAGAGAGCAAGGAUUUGGUCGAGGGAACGGUGCGCCUGGUGUGAAUGGUAAUGAUAUGAAUGGGGUUGCUCCAGGAUCAGCGCAGCCGCAAGGAGCUCCAUUAGGACCACCUCCUCAGGGACCUCCUCCGAACGCAGCUCAGCAGAACGGUCCACCAGGAGGAUCGAAGCUUCCAAGAGCGUCAAUGGCACAAUCGCCGCCAGGUCCACCACCACAGCAGCAAGCUCCAACACCUAGAGCGAACGCUACUAAUGCACAAAUCGGACCGCCUGGGCAAAAUGGAGCUCCUACAGGGCGUGGCAAGCCUCAAGGGAAACCCGAGCGUGGAUUUGGACCUGCGAUUGACACCUCUGUACAAAAUCGGUCAGUGGACAAUAUUGUUCAGAUGUCAUCGCCUCAAAGUGGACGGAAUAUGUCACCUGCUCCGAGAGAAUCUCCACAGACUCGAGAAAGCCCAGUUAUGAAUGGACGUCGAACACCUACACAAGCGCAGACAUCGAAACCUACAACCUCGGAAAAUGGUCCUCCGGUGAGCAUGAAUGCAGCCGUUGCAAGUGCCAGUAGAUCCUCCUCCAAGACAAGACAAGGCCGCCAACAAGGCUCAAUAGACAGUACUAGCGAGCAGUCUUCGUUACGGAAUGUCACCAACGCUCGACAAACGUCUCCUCCGCCUCCGUCUCGCCAGACAAGUAAUCCGCUAGUUAGAAAGGGCUCUGCACGAAAUUCGCAAACUGUGGCUAUUCUCAAAGAACUUGAUGCAGCCAAGAACCGAAAUGCUUGGUAUGCUUCGGAGCUCGAGCUGGCACGGAAGGCUGGAUACACGCCAAAUCCAUCGAGUAGUCCUAUUCUUGACCAGAGAGCGGCAGAAUCGUUCGACGAUGAUGACAAGCCACUAAUUGAAGCUCUGAUUGCGAUGAAGAAUGAACUUGCGAAUGUCCAAGGAUCGAUAGACAAGCAAGCUGUUCUCGCAGCAAAGAAGAUUGCUGAGGUCGAGAAACAACGAGAUGCAGCUGUGAGCGAAGCAGUCUAUGCGAAAGCAAAACUCGCGGCGUAUAGUGGAAGCCAGAAUAGCACGCCACAGCCAUAUGCCGAUGCUCGAGAUUUAAGCUCCAUGUCCAAUGAUCGAUCGGCGGAUAUUAGUCGCAAGCUUGCAACUGCCUUGGCCGAGCAACGAGAUCUGAAGAACAAAGUCGAGAUGCUAACCACGGAACUUGAAGCUGAGAGACGUGGACGACAGCUGGCAGAAGACACUACGAAUGCUGCACAGGGUAGGUUAUCCGAGCUGGAGGCUUACAAGCAGAGAAACUCGUCGGAAGUCGAGCACCUGAAAGCAGAACUACACGAGUUCCAGAUCAGAGCGAGAGAAGAGGCGGUUGUCUGUGCUGAAGCAGUUGCCGCCGCGCAAUUACUCAAAGCAGACAAGGAGGAACUGGAGGCUAGACACAGAGAGGUCGUUGGUUCGACCAAGGAUAACAGCGACAGUUUCGAGUCACUAAGAUCAGCACUCGCUUCUUCUGCGGACAUGAGAAGCGUCUUGGAGCGAAAGCUAGAGGAAGAGCGUGCAGUCCGGGAGAAGGUUGAGGCCAAGCUGAUUAGUCUUAAGGCCGAACAUGAGGCGAGGACAACCGAACUCGAAACAGCUACCCGACGCCUGAGAGAUGCCGAAGAACUUGCUGAACAACAUGCGAACGAGGCCCGAACUCAUCGCCAGGCUGUGAUGUCAGGUCUCGAUCGUGUUGUGGCUCGAGAUGUCGGUGGAAAGUCUGCACCAAGCGAAGACAGAGCUGUUGCCCUCCAAGCACAGGUUCAAGCGGCAAAUGCGCUGGUUCGAAAGUACCAGCAAGCAGCAGAUACAGCCUCCGAGAAGCUUCGAAGCGCUGAAGAGCGUAUCGCUGGUCUGGAAGCUUAUCAAGAACAAGCCAGUCGAGAGGGCAUGUCUAUCAGAAAGCAACUUCAGGCUACUAUGCGCGAGGUGCAAACCCUUCAAGCCAGCAACUCUGACAUGAAAUACCAACUCGCAAACCAGCAACUGGAGACCAAUGCGGUUCAUGUUCAGCACAAUACCCUGAAGGAUAUCCUUGGUGAGCGAGGUAUAAGUCCUGUCAGUGCUGUUCGGACUCGCGGUUUGUCUAGUCCUCAGUCUGGGUCUAAUACUCCUGAUAUUUCACGCCUUCGCGAGUUGGAACAUCAACUUGCGACAAGUGUUCAGGCACACGAAGAGACCAAGCAGACGUUUGAGGCACAGCAACAGGAAAGCGAGAACACUUACCGUGAGAAGCUGUCUCAGCUGGAGAACGACUAUCAAUCUGCAGUUCACUACGUGAAGGGUACUGAGAAGAUGCUCAAGCGUAUGAAGGAUGAGCUAUCGAAAUACAAGGCUGAUAACACCCGACUGAAGGAGCAGCUUCUUGAGGCGGAUGAUAAGAACGGUGCAUCUCGUGAUGCAUCGAGUGGAUGGGAAGAGGAACGUGCUUCGCUCAACAAGCAAAUCGAAGCCCUGCAAGCUGAGAUCCAGUCUUCGGCUAGUACUUUGGAGCGUCAAAUAGCUGAAGUGAGGAAGCAGUUGGCAGCAUCUCAACAAGAGCGCGACCAGCUGAAGGAGAGUCACGAACAAUCGCAACGUCAAUUAACAACUGCUACUCAGCAAGCUAGAUCCGACCUAGCACAAUUACAGCAAGAGAAUACCUUGCUGGAGCGACGUGCUCAAGAUGCCGAGCAAAAGGUCUCGUUACUUCUUGACCAGGUCGAAUCAUCAGUUGACAACUACCGUCGACAAUCUCGACAAGUGGAAUCGAAUGGUGCCGUGACCACUUCCCAUCACCGAACUCUCUCCGCCGACUCCGUCUCCGAAACCUCCCUCUACGACGGCGCCAACCGCAACUCCAUGGCUCUCGACAGCCUCGCCAACGAGCUCGAAACCCUACGCUCCCACUGGGAAAACACCAACAAGAACUACCGCCUCAGCAACGCCUUUGAUUUCGAGGAACGCAACACCGCGCGCGGCCCUAAUGAAGGACUCGGCGCCUCGAACGUCGGAGAUGGUCUGAGUGGUAGUCUGAGCGAGUGGCGGAAGAGACUCGAUGCCGAGGAGGAGGCGAGUAGGAGUCGGAAGGGGAGCGAGACGCUUUCGCCGACGGGGAGUACGGGCUUGGGCUUGGGGGCGGGGAAGAGGGAGAUGAGUCCGAGUGGGAAGGAGGUUGGGGCUGGUGUUGGGGGAGCGAAUAAGAGUCAGGUUAAUCUGAUAUGAGACCUUUCGUCUCUCGCCGACAUACUGGACCUCAUGAAGACUUCGCGCUGCUGAGGGGAGAAAAAAUCGACUUCUGUACUCGAUGAAGGAGGUACAAGUGGGCAAAUGGCACGUGUAGUAAUGCAAAAGCGCUGCGAUUCGCUUGGAUGAUUGGAGCAUGCAUGCAUGCAUGGAAACAGGAUGGGCAUAAUUUUUGACCUGAGACCUGAUAUUGAAGAAACGCGUGAUGGGGGUGUACCUUUGUUGUUGUUGUUGUUGUAAUUUUUUUUGUGUCCGUUCUGCACGGAUCGGGUCCAUAGGAUUUAUGGCGGCGUUUUUUUUUUUUUUUUUUUGAUCUCGUGUUCUGCUCUGGAUCCGAUGGUUGAAAUUCUUCUUCUUCUUGUUGUUGUUGUUGUUGUUGCUUUUUCGCUUCUUACCUCUUGAGUUACUGUCCCCGUGCUCUCUCUCUCUGUCUCUCUCUGCGUAAUGAGGGGAAGGGAUGAAAGGGAUGGGAUGGGAAUAUACACUUUUUUUGUUGGCUCGGUUUUUUAUUUUGUGGUUUAUGAGUAUGUGUCUGUGUUCGUGUGUGUGUGUGUGAUAUUUUGAUUCGAUUCUCUCUGUUCGUGUUGGUGCUUGUGUUGGAUGGAUGGAUGGAUGGUAGUUUUUCCUAUUUUUUUGGUGGUGGGAUGAAGGAGGAAAUGAAGCAAGAGAGGCUGAUACAAAUAACGGAUUAUGAAAGGGUUUUAUGAUCUGUUGCUUUUGAAGGGUUGGUUUGGUUCGUGUGUGUGUGUGUGUGUGUAUUUGACUCUAUGAGAGGAGGGGAGGGGAGAUGCAUGCAUGUCAGGGUUGGAGAGGAGGCGAGGGGACAUGUGGUGUGUGGUGGGGAUGGCUGGAGGAGACAAGAGGCAGAGGGAGAGAAAUAAGGGAGAGGAAGAGAUAAUGUACAAUACUAGACUACUAUACUACUACUGUCUGUGGUAUGUGGUCUGUGGUAUGUGGUCUGUGGUAUGUGGGGUUAAGGAAUGAAUGAAUAAAUGGAUGGAUGAACACCCGUUAAUCUACUCAUCGAUUGUGCUGCUUACCUACGUGCUUGUUUGAUUCUUUACUUACUUGCUUGCUUGCUGGAAAUGAGUAGUAAGUGUGUGCUGGGUGAGAUUUUAACCUGGUGGGAGAAGAGUGAGUGAGUGAUGGUAGCUGGUAGAUGGUAGUCGAAUGGUGGAUGGUUGAUGGUUGAUGGUAGUUGAAUGGUGGAUAGUGGAUGGUUGACUAGUUGAUCUAUGGAUAGGGUAGGAGAGGAUAGGAUAAGGUGCGAAAUGGGGAGAGGUCAAGAAGUCGAGGUAGGAGAGGAACCUUGUGUUUAGAUGGAGG